AUGCAACAGUCAACGGACGUCGCCGAUUCCGGAAUCACCAUCCACGCAAGAAUCUUUAUCAAGAAGCUUGGAAGCAAUUGGGUUUUGGGGUUGAUACAUCUGGCAUAUCACCACAUGCUCUCCAUUUGUUUGCUGAAAUGUCACACUCAUGUUGGGUAUGCAAUGGUGGUACUGCACUUCUUGAUUUUGAUCUUGGCUACCAUAUGGGCAUUCGAGACAAUGGUGGUGGUGAGUUUCUCACGAGUUGCUUCAUUGGAGGUUUGA